AUGCUGUGCACCAUUGGGUACUUCUUCGAUUAUAUGGUUUGUAAUCUGACCACCCAAAAGUACGUGCUUCUUCCGACACUCACCGACUUGUCAGAAUCAUAUAUUAGUCCCGUGGUUGGAUCUUACUUGGUUUUUGAUCCUAAAAAAUCGCCUUACUAUAAAGUUGUGGUUGUUAGUUCUUCGUAUGACUUCGAUACUUCCAAUUUUUUUGUGUAUUCUUCCGAGAGUGGCUCUUGGAACAGCACGGUUGUCACUCCGAGGAUGCACCAAUGGGUGGUCGGACGUGGGGCUGUUUGGAAUGGAGUGGUCAUUUUGAUGAGUUGCUGGACAGAUAAUGGUAUGGAGAGUUGUGCGAAGCAUGACCACUCCUACUAUCGAUUCGACAUUGAUGCAGAGAAGCUAACCACAACUCGAGUGCCGGCCCCAGAUACCAAUCUUUCUAAGUGGAAUCUGUAUUUCGGAGAAUGUAAGGGUCAUUUGCUUCUUAUACAAAUGCCUCAGUACAAUUCUACUAAGUUCAGGGUGCUUGAGAUGAUGGACGGGGAGAACAGCUUUCGGUGGACUGUUAAAUACGUUGUCGAUGUGACCCCAUUAAUAUUUCCACGAAUAAGAAACUGUAAAUUUGUGGUGGUAAGUGUUGUGAAUGUGGGAGCAAAGGAAAAUCAUCUUGCAGUGGUGUUCUACAUUCGUGGCAAAGUCAUGUUGUAUAAUAUAAAGUGCAAGACAUUGAAGGUGCUUUGCGAUUUGCCUAGAAGUGAAUUGGCAAUCUGGAUGGUUCAAACAUUGAGUAUUUUGCUCUGUAGCUGUAGUAGUUGCUUGUUCAUUGAAAGUCUGACGCCUGUUUUAACUCCUGUUUGA